AUGGUGAUUCGGUCCCGACAAAUCGAAAUCGCGGUGGGCGAUGAAAGUGAGGAGAGCGACAGCGACGAGUUUCUGCGACUGGCUACCAAUGGAACCGACGCCGAACUGUCCGGCUUGGUCUUUCGGGAUGGACGGCCUAUGCGAGAAGUACAACCUGGGCAAGGUGAGAAAGAAGCUUUGGGAUCUGUUUAUCGAAUGAUUCUAGGAAAUUCCCGUUUUAAUGAACAUUUUCCUAUGAAUUUGAAAAUUAAAUUAUAAUAUUUCCUUGGAUUCUUAGGAUAGGCUUUCAUUUGCAAAACUUUAGCGAAUUUUUUAUAUAAUCUGAAGGCGUCUGGUCACUUUCUAUAGCCUGUUCCGCGCCAGCUUGUCACGUUUUUCUUACCAAAGAGAAUACCCUAACAAAAGUGAGCAUCUUCGCUUCAAGACCUUGGUUCUUUGCUGUCUUUUAGCAGUUUGGUAGAGCAAAAGUUGUAUAUAGGGUAGCUUUCUCUUUUCUGUUCUUUUUAAACGUGACUACCGGACUUCACUCUAACUUUAAUUCUAGUCUACUCCAAAGCUCUAAACCUUCGUUUCUUUUUUUUUCUUUUAGCACUUCAAUUUAUUUUCGCCGUCUCUAUUCUUUUUGGCAGUUUCGAUAAGAAAAAAGAAGACAAGUCAUUUUUUUUUCCGAGAAGAAACGAUUGCAUUUAGGCCGGUUGGCUGAAACGGGAGCCAUCGUAAGCGGCCGAGUGAUCCCGUCGACGGUCUCACGACAGUCGACGUCUUCUUCGUCUCAGAGUUCGACGAGCUCGGGGGUUAGGAAUGAAUCGAACCAAGAAAAACGAGGAAUGUUGCAGGAAAAUGCACCGGAACGUGAGGUCGUUUUGCGCGUCGUGCGAGGCUCCAACGCACGGGAUAUCUCGCGCUCCCUCUGGCGCAUGACCGACGAUCCCCAUCCGCGGCAGACCAACUUCGAGCCGUCCCUGUCUUUCCUCAACGUUAGUGUUUUCCAAAAAAGGCUUCUUUCCGUUUUUUAUUAGUUGCAGUUUUUGUUUGAUACAAUGGUCUUACAGUACCGUCAGAAAAGAUACAACGGGGUUUUGGUCAGGAAUUCAAUCUUUCCGAAAAUUUCUGGAUUUGUGAUGACUGUUAUUUUUAACAUUCUGAUGGAGUUUCGGCUCACAGAAAAAAUCGGAGCUACAAAACCGUUCGGGAAGAAUCCUUGCAAGAAAUUUGUGACCAGAGUCGCGUUUUUUCGUAUCUUUUCUGACGGUGCUGUAUGUUUUUUUUUUCGGUAUCGAUAGGAAGUUUGAAACCAGAAUAAGUAACACUUAUAUCAUUUUUUUUAAUGUCCGUUCAAUCGCUGUACAUGUUUUUCUUGAUCGACGUAGCGAGUAAAGUAGAGAAACCUUAAUCUCAUUAUGGAGCAGUAAAAAAGGAGAGCACUUCGAUUCAUUCUCGAGAUGCGCAAUCUAGGCGGUUCACAUGCGACUCUCGGUGCGACGGGAAGACUACUCGGCGAUGCCGUUGUUCCGUGUUCACGAAGACGAGGUCGAAGACCGGCCCGCCAAUCUGGCAACCCCUGCGCCCCAGCAACUCUCCUCACAACGUCUUCAAGUCGACCUCGACCAGCUCUCGCGGAAUCCUAUCCCGAACAUUUUCGCGGUUCCCUGUGUAAGAAAAAAAUCUAUUCUUAAUUCAAAGGUAGAAUAUCUCAUUUUUCAAUUGUUAAAAAACUGGGCAAAAUUUCGGAAGUUUCUCAUACGAAUUUUAAUUUUUCGCAAAAUUGAUCUGCGAAAUGAUUUUGUUCACCGUUUCGUUCUGAACUUCUUUUUUUUUCUUCACUACCUAAUUUACGUUUCUUAAAUAAUAGGUCAUGAAUGAGUUUCAAAUAGGCGAGCUUACUAUUAUUCCAGAUCCUCUACCCGUAAAAUAUCUCUAGGCUUUCUAAAGAAAAUCUUUAUAAACUUUAUUUUGUAUAAUACUACGAAAAAAAUUCGCUUCUGUUUUUUAUUCGAAUGAAGGUGUUAGGUUCAAAAGGAUUAUGACCAGUUAGCCAAAGACCUCACUUGUCAACAAGCCUUCUACAGCUGAUUCACGGCUGGCUUGAGCCAUCGAAAAAAGGGUCUUACCAGUCGUGGAUCGGCCAUCCUUCUAAUUUGAACAGAAAGCUGGAAAAAAAAUCCUAGAUAAUAUUAAAUUCGGCUAGCAUCUUAAGAACAUGAUUGUGGAGCCCGAUCGGAAGGAAUUUUUUUAUUUUUGUCAGAUGGAUUUCAACCAUCACUGGAUGGUAACGGUGGAAGGACCUCGCCACACUCCCUAUGAAGGUGGCGUUUUUUUCGUCGAAAUCAUCUUCACCUCAGAGUUUCCACUCGUCCCUUGCGCUCAAAAUGGGGUAUUCAUCUUUGUAUAUUGUGAUCAAUAGAUUAUCGUUUCAGAUUUAUUUCCGUACCCGGAUAUACCAUUGUAACGUUGACUUUUACGGCAGAGUGAGUUUAUAUUCAUUUUUUCCAAGUUUCAAGGGUUGCGACUACUUUUUAGGAAGAUAAUUUUUCUUGUUUAAUUUUGGGAACUCUCUCAAGUUCGGCCAGAUGAAAAAAAGAUGAAAAUAAUUAUCCCCGCUGUUUUUCAGUUUUAAGUAAGUUCCAGAGCGUUCGAUCCGAAGAGGAUACUUUCGUGAAUAUUUUCGCUGCUUUAUUUCACUUUUUUUCUAGUUCUGGAAUUUUUUUUAUCAAGAGAGGAAAACAUAGAAUAAAAGGUUCCAUUAGGUUUUCAUACCAAACGUUCUCGAACUUUGAUCGCACGAAAAAUGGCUCGACGCUUGCUCCGGCGUCAUAUGAAGCGCAUUAUACAAAAAUUAAAGCCGAACGGAAGCCAUUCCUGCGAAAUGUGUACCAAUUUUUCGCAGACAAUGUGAUUUUUCAGCGAUAUCAAAAAAUGAGCAGCGUGAGGGCUGAAUUUUAAGGAACAUCAUCUAUCUUAGAUUGUUUUAGAACGACUUGAGCGCGCGAUUUUGAAAUGUAUUUGAAAAAUAUGUCAAAUUUUCUAAUCCUUGAUUCAAUCGCAAGGCUUCAGUCCAUUCCUCAUGCGACCAGCGAGUUUUAAAUCGGGAAGAACGAAGAAUCGGCAUUUUUUAAAAUAUCCUUUCUCUGAAUCUAGGUCAACGCCUCUGACUUUGUUGCGAAAUGGAAGCCAGUGAUGACAGUGCGUGAUAUUUUGGAGUACCUGAACGAACUAUUAAUGGAAGGACAUGACUACCGUAAGCUUUAGCCGAGUUUUUCGAAGUAAUUUGAUGUUUUGCAGCCGCCGAGCCUGUGCUCGAGCCAUCGCGCCUCGAACUCUAUCGUCGCAGUCGCAGUGAGUUCGACGAGCUGGCGAGUGCUUGGACCAAAAGAUACGCAACUUAA